AUGGGGGUAGAGGGCUGCACCAAGUGCAUCAAAUACCUGCUCUUCGUCUUCAAUUUCGUCUUCUGGCUGGCCGGAGGUGUGAUACUGGGUGUGGCCCUGUGGCUUCGCCAUGACCCACAGACCACCAACCUCCUGUAUCUGGAGCUUGGAGACCGGCCUGCCCCCAACACCUUCUAUGUGGGCAUCUACAUCCUUAUUGCCGUGGGUGCUGUGAUGAUGUUUGUUGGGUUCCUGGGCUGCUACGGGGCCAUCCAGGAGUCCCAGUGCCUGCUGGGCACGUUCUUUACCUGCCUGGUGAUCCUCUUUGCCUGUGAGGUGGCUGCUGGCAUCUGGGGUUUUGUCAACAAGGACCAGAUCGCCAAGGAUGUGAAACAGUUCUAUGACCAGGCCUUGCAGCAGGCCAUAGUGGACGACGACGCCAACAACGCCAAGGCCGUGGUGAAGACCUUCCAUGAGACGCUUAACUGCUGUGGCUCCAACACGCUGACCACACUGACCACCUCUGUGCUCAAGAACAGCCUGUGUCCCUCUGGCGGCAACGCCAUCACUAAUUUGUUCAAGGAGGACUGCCACGGGAAAAUUGAUGAGCUCUUCUCGGGGAAGCUGUACCUCAUCGGCAUCGCAGCCAUCGUGGUCGCUGUGAUCAUGAUCUUCGAGAUGAUCCUGAGCAUGGUGCUCUGCUGUGGCAUUCGGAACAGCUCGGUGUACUGA